ACAGAAAACUGCCAUUGAUAAUAAUAGAUCUUCCAAUCAAAUCAACAAGAAAGAAAAAGAGGCAUUCUUCUUAAUGGGGAGCACAAAAAUGGAGUCGUACUUUGUCUUCAUGAACUAUGAUCCUGAAUACGGGAGACUUCGAGCUGAUCGAACCGAGAGAGGGACACAUGAGCUUGAUUUGUACCUUGAUAGAAAACAUGAUGAACUCUUAGCAAGUGCCCUAGAGCCAGGAACCUACAAGAAGACAUCUUCUUUGGUCAUUGUUGAUGCUUUUGCAGUCGAAAUUACCGAGGAUCAAGCCAAUGUGCUCAGAUCUGCAAAAGGAGUGAGGGUUGUGGAGAAAAAUGAAGUGCCAGUCUAGUGUAGCAUAGAAUAAUAUUUCAAACAGGCCAAUGUUUUGAGGAGAAAAUUUCCAUGAUUUUGUUUAAUUAACUUUUCGUUCUCGUGAAGUUUCUCAUAUGUGUAAUUUGCUACGAAGAUGCGAACUCGCUAGGCAAGAUGUAUAAUGUAUUAAGGGAAACCAAGGUAGAUUUGUGUUGAUUAUCAUGUGUUUUUGUUUUUAACUAUAUUAUCUUGAGCA